AUGACCAACGAUGGUGAUCUGAAUGUCGACCACCUGAUCACGCGACUUCUAGAAGGUAAGCCUCUUUUGUGAUUUUUAAUGUAUUUUUAGUCCGCGGAUGCCGGCCUGGAAAGACGGUGCAGAUGUCUGAGAAUGAGAUCCGUGCUCUCUGUCACAAAUCCCGGGAGAUCUUCCUUUCUCAACCAAUCUUACUGGAACUCGAAGCUCCGCUGAAAAUCUGUGGUAAGUGACGAGAGAUUCUUUUUAUGUUCCACUUUUUAUGGUCAUAGAUAAUUGAAUAUUAAUAUUAUUCAGGUGAUAUUCACGGACAGUACAAUGACCUCCUUCGUCUCUUUGAGUAUGGUGGAUUUCCUCCCGAGGCUAAUUACCUUUUUUUGGGGGAUUAUGUGGAUCGUGGAAAACAAAGUCUAGAGGUAUGCAGCCUUAAAUUACGUUUUAAUUAUUGUUUUCGAUUUUUAGACUAUCUGUCUGUUGUUGGCGUACAAGAUUAAAUACCCUGAGAACUUUUUCUUACUGCGCGGGAAUCACGAAUGUGCGUCGAUCAACCGGAUAUACGGAUUCUAUGACGAAUGUAAACGGCGGUUCUCGAUAAAGUUGUGGAAAACGUUCACCGAUUGUUUCAACUGUUUGCCCAUCGCAGCUCUUAUCGACGAGAAGAUCUUCUGUUGCCAUGGAGGUCUUUCUCCCGAUCUACAAAACAUGGAACAAAUCAGACGGAUAAUGAGGCCAACUGAUGUUCCCGACACGGGUCUACUGUGCGAUUUGCUUUGGUCCGAUCCCGACAAAGAUGUGCAGGGAUGGGGAGAAAACGACCGAGGAGUUUCCUUCACUUUCGGUCCCGAUGUAGUCGCCAAAUUCCUGAACAGACACGACCUCGAUCUCAUUUGUCGUGCUCAUCAAGUGGUGGAAGAUGGUUACGAGUUCUUUGCCAAAAGACAACUUGUCACACUGUUCUCUGCUCCCAAUUACUGCGGAGAGUUCGACAAUGCCGGAGGAAUGAUGAGUGUUGAUGAAACGUUGAUGUGCUCGUUCCAGGUAAGUUCGACUCUUUUUGCUGUUGUGUUUGGGCCGGUCUGGUUCGUACGUUUAUAUAGAUCCUUAGCUGGCAUUGGGUUCGGAAAGCUGUGUCAGUGAUUGCCUUUUGAAUCGUUAUAUUAGACUGAAAGUUUUGGUUUCAGAUCUUAAAGCCGUCCGCAAAGAAGGUCAAAUAA